AUGAAUUCCCAAGGAAAGGAGACCCAAGAGAAUGCACCCCCAAAGGAUCCAAAUAAUCUGGAUAAGAUCCUGAUGGGCACCCCUUAUAAUUGUAUGCAUUUCCAUGAGAGACAAAAAGAUGAAAAAAAACAAGAAAUUAAGACCAGACUAGCAGACACCUUCAUAUUCACAUGCGAGUAUUGGAAUGCCCUUCAGUUCCAGGAAUCCGCAAAGAAUAAUUUCUUCAUAAAUAUUCCACUGGCAUUUAUUAUGCAUUUCCUGCAGCUGAAGGGUAUUUAUUUUGGAAUUUCAAUUUUCCUUCUGUAUAUAAAUAUAUGGCUGUGCUUGGUGAGUGUCUGCAAUUUGUGCGUUUAUUAUUUUCUGAUGUUUAAUUUACGAAAAAUAUACGGGAACAAGACGGAGAUAACCCGAUAUAACCCGAGGUACCAGGGAAGGAGUAUGAGAGAAGGUGGGAAUGAAGUAUGUGAUGGUGUACCUGGUACGAGUGAAGUAUAUGAAAUAUCACAGGAUGAGAAUGUAUUAAAUGAGGGUCUUAUGGGAGAUUCAGAUAUACCUGUGACUAACUUGAGAAUAUUCUCUAUUCCUGUUGUAAUUAGUCAUAUAUAUAUAAUUUGCAUAUUUAUUCUGAAUAUUAUAAGUGGAACUAAGAGUACUGUGAUGGGAGACCAAAACAGAAAUAGAUAUUUACAACAGUCUGGAUAUAAUAGGUCUAUUUUAUUCUCGUUUAUCCCGGGUAUCACACAGAAUAAUUAUACAUUAAGUGAGAUUUCUGUUGUAUUUAGUCUAUUACUUAUAUCUACUCUAGUACUUUCAUAUACGGAAAAUAAUUAUAAAAUAUUUUCAGAAGGAAAUGGAAGAAUUUCCCAAUUGAAAUACGUUCUUAUAAGGUGUGCUUGCAUUAUAAUGUGCAUCUUAGUGCCUGGAAUAUUUUUCAUGAAGGAUUUCCUUUAUAACCUCAGAACUGCACAUAUUUGCAUAUAUUUGUUUUUAUGUGUAUUUUUAUGCAUAUUUAUUAGUAUGCUUGUUGUAAUUAGGCUAUAUGAAGGAUUUUAUGCGCCUGGCUGUAGGGUGACUAAGUCCAAUUAUAUUCGGGUUGUAGUAAAUGCGACUUUAUAUGGGAUGAGUGCCUUAUUAGCAGGUAUUCCUUAUUUCUUGGAAUAUUAA